UUUUCCUGCCCAAAAUUCCGCAAUUGUCGGUUUAGAAUUCGCCAACAUUUCCGUGCACUUAUUCACAGACUCGGCACAGGAUGUGGCCAUCUCUGCACCACCCCUUUGGCAUGUAAGCAGCAUGGCCUGGAGAUUACCUCAGAUUCAUGGAGUUGACAAAUUAAAUUUCCAACCAAAGUUUCCAAACAUCAGCACCAGUUUCCAUGAAAGUAGCCAACAUAAGUAUAACUUAAAGCUUCCCGAUGAUAAAUUCCACACUCGCUUACUUAUGAACUGCAGUACAAGCUGGACUGCCGGCUAUGGCUGUGUGCAGAGGAAAAAAUUCAAAGGAUUCAAAGUGUACAGGAGACGAAAGAAAUUCGAAAACGGGGACAUAGUCUUAAACAAUAUGUUUCCUGCCAAAACUCGGUCUCUCUACAUUCUCUCCCGGCUUCUCCGGCAACUUGAAUCUGUUGACAGUGUUUUUCACAAGGAAGAAAUGGGUCAUGGUUACUCCAGCCAUGACUUACCAGCUGCUCACUACGCUCCCGACACGGGAGUUAGCUUUCUCUUAGAUUCUCGUAAAGAAAUAUCAAACCAAGAAGCUGUACAUAUAUCAGAGACCCCAGUUAGGCACCGCAAGUUGGGACCAAUUACUCCUUCAAAAGACUGCUGCAAACCUGAAAAUUCUACUGUUGAUUCCGACAUGAAAUUGCUUCUGACCGACGAAAGAUGGUUAGAAGCUGCCAGUGGUGGUGGGCACCAGUCCCAGGACGAUGACUGCAGCAUCAGUUCAUGUCCACAAUCAUUCACAUCAUCGUUGGUGGGUAAUUACAGCCCACGGUCACUGCGGGAACGAAACCUGGUGAUUGAAAAUGACACUGACCAAUCUGAAAAGACCAGAAGUACAAAUAAAUCCCCAAAUAAAGACAACCCAUCACCAAAGAAUCCUCACAAUGACAAGGUUAAUAUUAGUAAAAACUUGAAAGAAAGCAGUGUUUUGCUGACUCCACCAUCAGAAGAGGACUCUCCUUCCUCACCUUAUCAACCUCUAAUAAAAAAGACAAAAUUGUUAGAAGUUGAUUCUGACAAAGAGGACGAUAGUUCCGGAAGUACAAAGAAUUAUUUGAACUAUAACCUUAGAGAGUCUCCUGAUGAUGACAAUGACAACAGCAUCUUUAGUGAGUUAUCAUUCUCAUCAAAGAGCUUGAGCCCUCCUUCCAGACGAGACUGGAGUUUGGAUGACGAAGAGAAAGACUUGUUGUCGCCGCUCUGUCACUCAGCCAGUCUUGACCAAUUUCCACAGCUCUUGCUGCGACGGUUACGCGAAUGUAAAAGUGUCUCUCCAGAAUCCAACAGAUCGAUAACAUCAGAUGAUUGUCUCAGUCCAGACGGUCAAAGAGAUGGAAUCGUCCUCGAGCGCUGUGACAGCAUCGACUCAUCUAUAUUUGAGAUAAUUAACGAUGUACCAAAACAAAUUGAAAAAGAUGAGGUUUUGCGAUUCCACGGCAUCGAGGACGAAAUACAAGAUUUAAAUGAUGAGAUGGAUGACUUAAUGUCUGGUCUUUCUAAUUUAAAAUCUAAAUGUUCAGGAAUUAAUCCUGAAAAUCCUGAAGCAACGGACUUACAGAGACAGAUGCUUCUAUCUGAACAAGCAUACACUGCUUUACAGAAAGCGCGGUCCCACUGUGCAAAGAGGCCUGGAAGUUUAACUCCAGAUUCUUCAAUAGGGGACUUGCAAUCACCAAUAGAUAACUUUUUGUCUUGGGACAUGACAGAUUUCCAACUUGAUGGUUUAUCUUAUGACAAUGAAUCCAAUGUGAUUGGAAUCUUAAAUGAGCAAAAUUAUGUGCCUUUUUCUGUGGACUCAGACAAUAACUUUGACUUGUCUACACUCCAACAUCAAUUCCACAGUGAUAAUCAAUUCUAUUCAGCUACCGAAGGAACAGCAGAUGAUACAAUCAUCAUAAACGUAGGUCCCCGAAAAAAUAUCCAAGAGUAUGCCAAAAGUCAAUGGUGUGGGGAAACUCCAGAAGCUCAAAGAUAUCUCGAUGCUUAUAAUCAAGUACAACAGACUUUCGAAUGCAACUACAUACGAGUUAUGCGUGGAGAUAACUACUGCGGAAUUCGUUCCUGUAUUGUUCAGGUGUUAAUAAACGGAAUUGCAAUGAAACAGGAAUUUGCCACAGCAGAAAUCGUAAAGAAUCUUCUAAACCAAUAUUUGGAGGAACCGGAAUGGGAACUAAAAAGGUGGUCAUUUGCCAGACGCUUAAACUUCACUGAUGUGAAAGAAAUGCUCUUCUCCUGUAUUGAUGAAUUUUACUCACAGCAUAACUUAGCUUUAGAGAUGGACAAGACAGAGAGAGAAGACUGGGUGGAGGACCUCUUAAACAGAGAACCAAUUGUUGAUAUAAAAAUAAUGGAAGCUGCCAAAUUGCUUAUGUUGCUUGAUAUAAUUGACGUUUAUAAAAACCAACAAGCCGAAGAUUAUCCGUUGUUCGUCCAUUAUAUUUUUUCUCGGGAUACAUCUGACACUCCUGCAAAACUGUUGAAAAACAUCCUGAAUGCAGUCGGAGAUUCUGGCGGCUUAGAACAGAUUGAUAUGUGCCUCUUAGGACAUGCGCUCGGUGUAAAAAUAACGGUGCCUCGUCUAUAUCGAUAUGGUAGAGAUGACUUUAUACAUGGAUUUCCUGAUUUACCGAACCAAAAUUGGAACGAGGUCUUUCUCAUUACCGAAGACGAUAGACAUUACAACAUUAUCUUAAAAGACAACUGAGAAGAGGACAGUUCUAUGAUUACAUUUCUAAUUCUCUGUCUUUAUCUCUCUUCUCUGCUGAUGAUGAUGAUCUGAGAAGAGAAGCUAGCAUCUUGUUCAUCAGCUGGGAAUCUACUGCCCACCUUUACCUGUGGAGGGAAGAACAGCUAUUCACAUCAGUCACCUGUACAAGCUGCUCUACCAUACGCUGCUAGCUGACCAGUGGAUUAUAAAACAUUACUUUACAAGUGGAUUUUUGGAUGAAGAUAACAAGACCAAGCUACACGUAGACACUAUAUCGUAUGACCACCACCCAGAAACGGAACCCACCUUAAACAAUAUGGCUGUGAAACUUUAGCUUUUAUUUAUUUAUUUAAUUUUCUUUGCCAAUUUUUCUUUUUUUUUAUCUUUUCUGUUUAAAAUCACAACUGUGAAGAUGGAGGAAUCGGUGGAAUUGGUUUCAAAUUACAUGCAAUGCAAAGGAAAGGAGGCACCAAGCAAAGACCCUAUUAAUACCUAUUCCCCAUGUCUAUAUCUGUUAAAACUGUAGUGAACACUGUUGACAUAAAUGGUUCAGUAUCUUGUUAGAAACUUUUUAGUUUCUGUUGCUGAAGUAUCUUGGGAAAGGCCAAUGUAUAGGUCAUUGGUAGAUCAUUGGUAGACCACUGGUAUAAUUGAAUGCUCUUGUUGCCAGAGAUUAUAAAACUUUUUUCCUGUUUUCAAGGACUAUUUGUAGUACUUGGCUACAAGCUUAUCACUAUUCAGUUUGGGUUACUUGUGGGGAAAUCUAUUUUAAGGACAAGAUGCGUAAAAGUUAACACAAAAAUCAUAAAUACAUCUGUGCAUUUUAAAUGUUUCAUUUAAAAUAGGACCGUUUCUUCUGAUCUAAGAAACACCUUCAAGAUGUCAAAUUUUGCUCGAUAUAUAAUUCUUUAGAUGUCACUGUUAACCUUAUUUAUAUUUUUGAUAAUUUUUCGUAUAUAGUUGACAUGAAUUUAGUCGGGAUCAAGCAGAACUUUUAAAGGCAGGGUCCUGUUUCAUUGACAAAUGAAGGGGAUUGCACCUAAGCAAAUUUUCCUUAAAUGUAACAACUUUUGGUUAGAUUCUUCAGCAGUGACUUUACAAUUAGUUUUGUAGUAAAUCAGAUCUUUUAUUCUGCUUAAUUAUUGCUUGACGGAAUUUGGUCACAUUUGCAUUUAAUUUAAUUUGAGACAAUCUAGAAAAAAAUGAAAAAUAGGCAAAUGUAACUUCAAGGUUUUUAGUCAAUCUAGUUUGCAAUUCCAUCCCAUCCACCCCACAAAAAACAGCAAAAUCUAGCCUCCAGACACUAGAUAAAAGCUGGAUGCAUUUAAAUACAGCAUGUGUGUGUGUGUCCGUGUGUGUGUGUGCGCGUGUGUGUGGUGCUACUCAGUAGCAACUGUAAAUAUCUUCCUGCUUCCCCUUUUUAUAUAUAUACAUCUAAAACAUUUUGUUUAUUAACUGUCUCAACCACUGUGCCUCUCCUUGUUGAAAUACAUUUGGGACAAAGAUGUGUUGAACUUGUUGGUUACUGUAGUGUAAGAACUAUGGUCUGUCUAGAACAUUCCUAUAUGAACAUGACAUCUACUAUUCUGUGUGCAAGAAUCAAAAGCACACCAGUUUAGUUUAUUUAUCUGAAAAGGGGUUGUUGCUUCAUUUAUUCAAAUAUAAAUAAAGUACAUUUUUUAAAAAG